GCGUUACCAAGGAAACGGUGUACAGACCUGGGAGACGUUGGGACGCGGCAGUCAUGCUAACAGGCUAACUAGCUCGUCAGAUUACAGUUGAGUCUCCAGCGGCUGUUAAAAUAAAUAUUUAAAAUUAUUAUCUGCGUUAAAUGUUAAAAGUUUAGGCCCGGAGUCUAUUCCGCGCCCCCGGUCACAGCCUCACUGCCUGUCGGUGUUAGCUAGCUAGCAUGGCUGUAGCGGUAUCCGGCUGACGAGGCUAGUGGUGAUUAGUUUAGCACCGUGUAAUCUACAUUUUAUCCGGAUAAGAGUCACUGAACACCCGCAGACUCAGCGGGGCGGAGACGGUUAGCAGCUAGCUAACUGCCCGGUGUUUCACGGGAUGGAUGUGAGGUAACAGCCUGGACUGGGACGUCUGAGCCGGGUCUGUGUUCUCUGAACAGAGCCUGUGUGUCGGGUUGAGCUGAGCAGCAGCCUGGUCCUCCCGGGCCGGGGUGAGGGCAGGGCUCCACACCGCCGGCCAGGCCCGGACUCUGGGGAGAGAUGCAGCGGAGCGGAGGGCCCGUUAACCCGCGUUGAUAAACAGGAUGGACGUGUGCAGUAAGAACCCGAACCGCACGGCGCCGGUCGCUGACGACCACCCAGCCGACGUGCCGCUCUGUUCGCGGACCAACGGCUGGAGCUGGCCGCCGCACCCCUUCCAGCUGCUCGCCUGGCUGCUCUACGUUUACUUCGCCGUCACCGGCUUCGGAGUGUUCAUCCCCCUGCUGCCCGCGCACUGGAUCCCCGCAGGCUAUAUCUGUACGGGCGUCAUGUUCGUCGGUCACCUGUGUGUGCAUCUGAUGGCCGUGUCCAUCAACCCGGCCGACUACAACGUCAGGACGAAGAGCGAUAAAGGUCCGGUUCCCGUGUUCGACCGCUCCAAACACGCUCACGUCAUCGAGAACUGCCACUGCUACCUCUGCCAGGUCGACGUCGGUCCGAAGUCGAAGCACUGCAGCGCCUGUAACAAGUGUGUGUCCAACUUCGACCAUCACUGCCGCUGGCUCAACAACUGUGUGGGGAGCAGAAACUACAGGCUGUUCCUCCACAGUGUGCUCUCCGCUCUGCUGGGUGUCUGUCUGGUUCUGGUCGUCGCCACGUACGUCUUCAUCGAGUUCUUUCUGGACCCGUCCAAACUGCGCACUGACAAACACUUCCUGGUGAGGAAUGAGACAGCUGUGUGGUUCGUCUUCCUGCCGGUGGCUCCGCUCCGCUCAGCAGCAGCAGUGAUUCCUGGUCUGGCUGCCGUCACCAUCGCUCUGGCUCUGCUGUCCUCUGUGCUGCUCUGUCACCUGCUCUGCUUCCACAUCUACCUCCUGUGGAACAGGCUCAGUACCUUUGAGUACAUCGUACGGCAGCGUCACCGCCAGGACGGCAGAGACUCGAGAAAACCUGGAUCAGUGAAGGAGACGCCCGCUCCUCCGUCAGUCCACCUUGUCAAGGACAUGAACUACUCCGGGACUCUGGGUUACACCAAUCCUCAGCUGGACCUGGAAGAACGUACCGCUGCGCGGGGGGGGGCAGAGUUCAUGUCUAAUGGCAGAGUGAGGACCGUGUCUGGUCUGGUCGUGGAGGAAGACGCUCCCACCAACAUGUCCACAGAGUUGCAGACAGCAGCACACACACACCGACGCACACAGAAGAAGAAGAAGAAAGUCCGUAAAGUUCCUGCAGAGGUCACCAGAGGGCGCUACCCGUGUCCAGCCCCCCCGCCCGCAGAGCCCGGCAGCGUGUCCCUGGGUCAGCGACUUCCUUUCCCAGCAUUUCCCAUGAGGGCCACCCUGCCCCCCCUGGCUCCCGCCCCAGGCCCCGUCCAGGCUGCCGCCCCUCCUGCUGAAUACCACUCGGACUCUGCUGAGUCUCUGGAGGAGAUCCCCGUGGCGUUGGCCAAACUGGGCUCUACGUCCUCCACCGCUGCCGGAGAUUCCUCCACAUCCUCCCACAGAGCCGUGCCGGUGUUCCCCCUCCCAUCCCCCCAGCCCAGGACUAAGAGGAAGGCCGUGUCCUCCCGCGCAAAUAAGAGCUUGGCGGAGCUAAGGUUUGAGAUGGCCUCCACGCUGCCUCCCAUGGUGUUUGUCAGCCGAACCAGCGGAGAGGCCGCGGAGUCCCGGGAGGAAGACCUGAGUCUGGGCAGGAGGCCGAGGCCCUGCUCCAGGUCGGGCUCCAGGUCGGGGUCCCGGGCGUCGCUGGGCUCAGGUGCAGCCUCCUGGAUGGAGCUGUAAACUUGGAACAGUCUUUUCUGAUCACCUGCGCUCUCUGCAGCCUUGCAUAAAAACAUUUUUUUAUUUAAUUCAAUGACUUUUUUUAUCUCUGUGACUAAUUUAUUGUUUUUUGACUUUUUAUUAUGAAUGCCAAAGGUGAGGUCAUGUCUGUGCACAAACUUUAUAAAUCCUUCACUUUGUACGUGUCUGCACCGACUCAUCAUGGUAACAGUGUCCUGUGUACAGCUGGUCUCCAUGGUAACCCAUAUACUGAACAAGGUUUAUACAACACGUGAAUUAAACUAAAUCAUUAAAACUGUCA